AGAUAGGACACCUUGUACACUGUAUCAUUUGGCUGAGCAAGCUAGCUAAACAAUUACUUGGGAAUCCAGAGGGGGGGAAGACUUUAGAAAGAGGCUCUGAGUUUGAUGUUUACACUUUUCUUCCUCGAUGACUAUUUUGGCGUUUGCUGUACAUGCUCCGAGGCUCUGCAGCUCGUAGGAAAUCUCGUCAUUACCGUACAGAUGUGGAUACAGUAGCGACUCUGGGUCCAUAACGCAUCAUCAUCAUAAUCAUCUUCAUCUCCAUCAUCAUCAGAUUUUUUUUUUUUGAGUGGGAUAGGAACACUGUACGGACCCAGAGUGGAUGAUUUACAGCCUGAGCAAACCGUGAACCAAAGGCUCUGCCAGGAAGCCUCACUCUGUCCUUACUUACAUACUCCUUUUUUUCCACCGUGGGGGAAGAGUCACGAGCCCAGCUGCUUCAGACAGGUGGGACAGGGAGAGUGAGGGACAGUGUGUGGGCGAGAGAAAGACAGGCGCCUAAUUGCCAUUUGUGGUCCUGUACACUCAUCAGGACGGCCACAACCUUUGCUAUCUGAUCUCAUCACGAGCUCCACCCUGCCCCCACCACAACCCAGCCAAUCACAGCAGACAUGGGGAGGAAAAAGAUCCAGAUCCAGCGAAUCACAGACGAACGGAACAGACAGGUGACGUUCACCAAGCGCAAGUUUGGCCUGAUGAAAAAGGCCUAUGAGCUGAGUGUGUUGUGUGACUGUGAGAUUGCCCUCAUCAUCUUCAACCACUCUAACAAGCUCUUUCAAUACGCCAGCACCGACAUGGACAAAGUGCUGCUCAAGUACACAGAAUACAACGAGCCUCAUGAAAGCAGGACCAACGCAGAUAUCAUAGAGACAUUGCGAAAGAAAGGCUUUAAUGGUUGCAACAGUCCUGAACCAGACGGUGAUGACUCAAUUGACCAGAGCCCCCUACAAGAUGACAAGUUCAGAAAGAGCGAGGAACUGGAUAUCCUCUUCAAGCGAUAUGGCUCUACAGUGCCAGCUCCCACUUUCUCCAUGCCAGUCACAGUGCCCGUGUCCAGUCAGAGUCCUCUGCCCUUCAGCAACCCCAGCAGCCUUGUUACCACUUCCUUUGUCACCUCCACGCUCACAGACCCUCGCCUGCUGUCACCACAGCAACCACAGCUCCAGAGGAACACAGUGUCUCCUGGUCUGCCACAGAGACCAGCCAGUGCAGGUGCUCUUCUAGGAGGUGACCUGAAUAACUCCAAUGGGGCAUGCCCAAGCCCAGUGGCUAACGGCUACAUCAGUGCCAGGGCCUCCCCAGGCCUCCUCUCUGUCUCCACUGUCUCAAACGGUAAUAGCAUGGGGAAAGUAGUCCCAGCCAAAUCCCCCCCUCCAUCCAGCCCUCAGAUGGUGAGCAGUCGUAAGCCGGACCUCCGCGUCAUCACCUCUCAAAGCAGCAAGAGCCUCAUACAGCUGACAGAUGAGGAGCUGGAGUUGGUGACUGAGAAUGCUCAGCGGUUAGGUGCCUCCCAGGUGACCCAGCCUCUGACUACUCCAGUGGUUUCCGUGGCAACGCCCAGUCUCCUGACCCCAUUCUCUAUGCCAACUGCCUACAACACAGAGUAUCAGCUGACGAGUGCCGAUCUCACGGCCCUUCAGGCUUUCACACCGCAGGGUGCACUGUUGCCGAGUAACGUGACCACUUGGCAACAGCAGCAGCCAUCAGUAUCACAGCAACCGCAGCAGCAGCCGUCCAUAUCCCAACAACAGCAGCAGCAACCACAACAGAUCAGUCUGGCCUCACUCAGUAACCUUGUCAUGUGGGGUGCAGACAAACAGAACGGGGAGAUGGCUAACUGCAUCUCCAGUCUGGCUGCUAAUGUCAGUGUGACCUCUCAGGCCAGCUUACUCUUGGGCAGGGAGGAUGGGCUCAGCUGGCCAGUGGGUCCCAUCCCUCACGGUGCCACUCUGACGGUGAACACUAACCCGAGCGUGAGCAUCAAGUCAGAGCCGGUGUCCCCUAAUCGCGAGCGCACUACCCCAAGCUCCACGGCAGCUCUCAGUGUGUCCCAGUACCCAGGGACUGUGCGGGUGGAGGCCUCGGGCCGCUCGCCACUCCACACCAUCAGCAGCAGCAGUAACAGCAGCGAGCGAGACGAGACAGGCCAACCACGGCCUCCAGAUUUCAGCGCAGCCACACUGGGGCCAAUCAGAGCAGCAGGAGAUCAAACAGCCUCUGCAGAGUCACAGGAGAGCGCUAAUAUCAAACGCAUGAGACUGGAUACCUGGGUCACAUAAAAACAACACGCGAGUUCUCUGUCAUGUGCACACACACACAUACACAUAUAUAUAUAUACACACACAUUUCACCUCUCUGACACACAGUUUCAUUGGCAACCAAGACACAUGCAUGCAACACACUCUUUCCUUGGCCUUUUUCUCUCUUCUUUCUCACACACACACGCACACACACACAGACAAAUACAGUGCAUAUAUGUACACACACAUGCAAGAUAGUCAUGGACAGAGGUGCCAAUGCAGGUGCACGUGCAAGCCUAAAGAGCUGGACUGCUUUGGACAGGUGUAGGAUGUGACAUUUUUGUUUCUACAGAGCAGAGAAGGAAAAAAAAAUGCCAGCUUCACUGAUCUCUGAUCAGUCUUUACUGUCCUCGGCCCUGUCUUCACACUGACACACUUUACCUUUCUGAUCCAAGUCCGGCUAAACGGCUCAGAAAUCCAAACACAAGCUGUUCAUCGUGGGGUGUAGAUUAUCCUUUAGAAGCUGAUAUCCAGGUCUUGUUGUUUGAGGUUUUCCCUUUUGUUUUCUUUCUCGUGUGUGUGUGUGUGUGAAGGCUUGUUUUUUGCUGUUUAUUUUUAUAGCCGUUCUCUCCUUUCGCGGAACUUUCUUCUUCUAUUUGACGGUCAGGCUCAAACAGUUGUCGUACUGACUUGCGGGAUUUCUGAUCAUGUUGUGUUUUAAUCAUCAGUCAGGAUCUUUUGUCUAGUAAAUCAUGCAAAAGGAUAAGUCUGAAUCUCUCAUGUACAGGUGACCUAAUCAAGGUUUAAAAAUCUUUCAGGGACGGACUGUGGUGACUCAUGAGGUGAACUCAGCCGCACGAUCAUCUCUUAACGAGCGUAGAAUUGCAGACAGACUGACCGUAAUAAUAAGCGUGUGUACGCAGUGUAGUGACCGGUAAACAGCCAAGUGCUCGGUUCAGUCAUGGUUUGUUUCCUGCUUUUCCUCUCUGCUAACCUGCAUCAGAUCCCUCAGCAGUGCACCUCUACAUGAACAGCUCGUUAGGGUCGCUCUUCGUUUGCAGGAGAGCUGACUGAAUUUUUCACUUUCUUCACUUUUGUACACACAAGUACGUAUGUUUGUACCGUACGUAUGGUGUAGUGGAAAUGUAGCCCUAUUUGUAUGAUUUGAACUCCUGAUAUUAAAUACAAAUGUAUACACAUGUUGCUCAGCUGAACACUCUGUCUUAAAGAGUGGGUGGCUGUAUUAGUCACUACCGCUAGUUUAUGUGAGAAGCAUCCUAAAAUCCUGUAUUUAUUACUUGUAUGUCUGGCUUUGCAAUUCAGAUGUUUGUUAGUUCAACUUGUGAAGCAAGAUUUUUCUUAAACUGUUGUUUUAAGAACCCAGAUGAGUUUAGAAGCAAUCUGAGCCAUCGAGGGCUCAGGGUUUGUGGGUUUCUAGGCUUUCCGAGCAUGUAAAUAUCCAGUUUUCUCCCCUCCUUGUUCCUGCAGAGGCUCUUGUGUAAUGCGAGGAGAGGAUCAGAGACAGAAGGGGUGUUUUCUCGAACUCUCAGCACAUGGGCAUGAGGAUUGUAGAACUGGAGAGGAGUAUAGCUUUGUGGUGAAGCUGAGGAGAAGCCAGGUGAGGGAGACUGUACAUAGAGAUACGUGUAUGAUCAUACACAUUGUGCUGGAUCUGCCUAAAGCAGAGCUGUAACUCUCAGUGGACAUGUCUUUCUAUUUCUAUGUGUAAAUAAAUUACCGUGUUGCAAGCGAGCCUAGUAGAGAUGCAGCAAGGGGCACAGACAUGAGUAUGACUGUUUCAGGAUCGAUACAUCUUUGUUUAUUUUCUGUAAUUGAUAUUCUGAUGGAGUGCACUUUAAAUCAUCCCUAACACAAACCCUUGACCCUCUUUACUAGUCGGCUGUUUUUCGCAAGAGGGGUUGCUUUUUUUUUUUGAACUCUGUCACUUCCCUUCAUGUGCACGCAAUUAACAGAAUACACAAACUGCAUUGUCCUCUUCACUUUUUUUUUUGUCACACUGCUGCUUCCAUUUCCUUUUCCUUCAUAUUGGCUUGACCACCUGGCUUUGAGUUUCAUGCAGUAUCUGCAGGACUGUCCUUACAGACAAAUACAGACACUCCAUCCCUCCUCGCAGAAACAGCGUGUGCCAUUCAGGGAAGAAGAGCUCAUGUUUGUGGCCCCACAUUUCAUGCUCUUUUUUUUCUUCUUCUUUUUUUUUUGACAGUGAACAAUUAUUAAAGACAACUGUCACCUUUUGUAAAAAGACGUUGUACUUAUAAACAUAAUAGAUUAGACAUAACUCGACACGUGUUGCAAAUGUGCAAUUCUCAAAAUGCAAAAAAAAUUAAAAAAAAAAGAGAUGUCUAUUAUUGCAACUAUAAUGUACACAAAUUUUUAUGGUCAUUAGUGUAGUGAAUAAUAGAAUGAAUAGGAUGAAGGAUGUUUCAUUAUUGAUCAUGAAGAAUAGGAUGAGCAGCAAUCUCUGUUUAAAGUCUGUUUAAAUGAGUUAAACAGUGCUGUACGUGUAUCCGUAUCCCAAAUCUGUAGUCACUAUCUGUCAUUUCCCUCAAAAAAAAAAAAAGAGAGAGAGAGAGAGAUAUAGAUUCGGUGUGACAUACCUAAUGAGAUGUAUUGGUGAUUAAAAGUACAGUCUUGCUCCUUGAAAAGGUGUUCCCUAAAUCAGGACUCACUCUGAAGUGUCUCACAAGUUGUUUAAUUUGACUAAAUAUUGCAUAGACAUUGUGAAACAGCUCGACAUAUAAAAUACAAAAUACUCAGGUGAGAUCUGCCUUGCAUCAGUCCCUCCGUCUUGGCAGUUGACUAUUAUUAUUAUUCUUUUUUUUUUUUUUUUGUAAACCUCGCCACCCCUUCCUUCCAUUUCCCAGCGUCUCUCACUCCCUUUCUCUCACUGUCCUUCUCUCUUUUGUUUAGCAAGCGGCCAUCUCACCUAAACCAUCACAACUAGUAACCCAUAUCUCCUUGCCAAGAACACACACACACGCGCGCGCACACACACACACUUGCCUAGUACCACCUCAGGUCUGCACGUUGGAGCGCCUGUAGACUUUAAGCCUGAGCUUUGAACAAAUUCACAGAUUUCUGAAUGUUUUCUUGAGGUGUGAGAAGUUCGCAAGCUCUAAUAAGGAUCUUUUGGUAAUGGGAAGUGUCAUUGUAUUCACAAGGAAAGACAAUCGUCACGUGAAUAGUUAACUUUCACCCCCAUAUCCCCCAUGUAUGAUGUUUAGAGAAGCUCAGUUUUUCUAGUGUUAAUUUGUGCUGGUGACAGUUCUAUUGUCUGUUUUUAUUAUAAUUGUUAUAAUGGUUAUCGUUACCAUUAUUGUUAUCAUCUUUGAUGGUGGUAAUAAUAAUGAUAAAUUAAAGAUUUUUAUUUUCUGCAUUUUUUGUGUAGGGUAGGCAUCUUAUUUUAUUUGAAUGAUUUUAUUUUAUUAUAUAUGAAAUACUAUAUAAAUAUCUUUGUUUCAGGUUUUUUUGUUUUUAUUUUUUCUUCAAAAGGGGUGUUACUAAUAUUGCACGAUUUAUUAAGACAAACGUCAGUAGUGAUAUUAGUACUUAUUGGUAACUGAGGGAAGUGGUAAACAAGCUGACAGAGUGACCAGUCAAAUGCUGCAAUUUUUAGUCAAUUGUACAAAACUGUCUCUACACGUAGAAGGGUAGAGAUAGCCACUCGUUUAAUUUAUUCAGAUCAGACACAGAUGUCAAUGCAUGGGCGUAAAAACAAGCAAAGAAUGAGUCAUAUUAUAAUAACUGAAAUGUAAUUUCAUUAAGAAUAUACACCACACACAACUAGAAUAGAAAUUGAAGAAAAAAGUUUAAAGAAAAAUAGCUAAUAUAUUGUGUUCUGCUAGUAUGCUUUGAGUUUUGUUGUAAACAAAAGAUAUUUUCUGUUGUUUUCGGAGAAUGAUAUACAAUUUGUGUAUAUUUUCAUAAACAAAGUAUGCACUGAUAUGUUAUUACAAAUUAUAUACUGCUUUUACAAAAAAGUGUUUGUUAUUGUACCAAAGUAUCCAUUUGUCCUUUAUGACCUUCCCCUUCCCCCUUUUGCGUAUGUUUUACUGUAUUUUAU